CUUCAUUACAUUCUUUUCAUAUAAGAAAUAAUAGUCAGUAAAAUUCACGUAUAAGCACAUAUGGCUAAAUUUACCUCUCAGAUUGCUUUGUUAUUCAUUGUUGUAGGUUUGGUUUGCACAUUUGUUCCUGUAUUUUCAGUCAACGAAUCUGAAGCAAAAUCGUUAUGGGAUACUUGUCUUGUUAAAAUCUCUCCUCACUGUGCCUUGGAUAUAAUCGCCAUUGUUUUUGGAAAUGCAACCAUCAAUGAUACUUGCUGCCACGAUCUUGUUCAAGAAGGAAAAGUGUGUCACGAUACUCUCAUUAAAUAUAUUGCUGACAGACCAGCCUUAAUUGCCCGUGCAGCACUAUAUUUGAAGAAAAGGGACGACUUGUGGAGUCAUUGCAUUGCAAUCUCUAAAACUGCUUAAAUUAUUUUGAUUAAAAACUUGAUAGUUUUGUUGUAACAUUUAAUUUAUCAGAA